AUGUCUCCCUUAGGUUCUUUUGCGCGAGGCUUCAACUUCUCGGCUUUACGCUCUGCUUCAAUCACUGUGCGUUUCACUCCUGCGCGCACCAUGGCUACUACUAUCAACCCUCCGCGGGAUCCGAACACCCUUAGUAACUAUAACAACUGGCGUUCAACCCACGUUACCGCCAAUUUUGAUAUUCUCUUCGACCAGAAGAAAUUGGUAGGAAAUGUGGUUCAUCAAUUUAAGUCCAUCACCAAUGCGGAGUCUCGGGAGAUCAUCCUGGAUACCAGCCAUCUCAAUAUUGGCACCGUCAAGGUGGAUGGCCAGCCAUCCAAGUGGGAACUUCUGCCCCCUCUGGAACCCUUUGGUGUGCCAUUGAAGAUCACCCUCGAGAAAGGUGUCGAGUUGAAUGGCACUAUCGAGGUCGACAUCGCCGUCAAGACCACUGAAAAAUGCACAGCGCUGCAGUGGCUGACACCCGCCCAAACCUCCAACAAGAAACAUCCGUACAUGUUCUCGCAAUGCCAGGCAAUCCACGCCCGGUCUAUCUUCCCUUGCCAGGAUACCCCGGAUGUCAAGAGCACCUUUGAUUUCAACAUCACCUCCCCGCUCCCGGUCAUGACCAGUGGUUUGCCCAUCCGUGAAUCUGCAACCGAAAAGGGAGAGCACCAGCUGUACCGAUUCCAUCAAUCGGUGCCAAUUCCCAGCUACCUCUUCGCCAUUGCUAGCGGUGAUGUUGCCGAGGCUCCAAUUGGACCUCGAAGUGUUGUCGCGACUAGCCCCGACAAGCUGGCAGAGUGCCAAUGGGAACUGGAGAAGGAUACCGAAAACUUCAUUACGACCAUCGAGAAAAUUGUCUACCCCUAUGCGUGGGGAGAAUACAAUGUUUUGAUCUUGCCCCCCAGUUUCCCUUAUGGUGGCAUGGAGAACCCUAUUUUUACAUUUGCAACCCCUAGUAUCAUCUCCAAGGACCGUGAGAACAUUGACGUAAUCGCCCACGAGCUGGCUCACAGCUGGAGUGGAAACUUGGUCACCAACGCAUCGUGGGAGCACUUCUGGUUGAAUGAAGGUUGGACCGUCUACCUCGAAAGAAGAAUCCUGGCUGCCAUUCAUGGCGAAGCUUACCGCCACUUCUCGGCUAUCAUUGGAUGGAAAUCCCUCACUGAUGCCGUUGAGCACUUCGGAGACGACCACGAGUUCACCAAGCUCAUUGUGGAUCUCAAGGGCAAGGACCCCGACGAUGCUUUCUCGAGCAUUCCUUACGAGAAGGGCUUCAACUUCCUGUUCUACCUCGAGAACCUCGUUGGAAAGCCCAAGUUCGACAAGUUCAUCCCUCACUACUUCACAACAUUCAAGUGCAAGUCCCUUGACUCAUACGAGUUCAAGGCAUUGAUUCUGGACUUCUUCAAGUCAGAUGCCGAGGCCUCCAAGCUCUUGAAUGAGCUGGAUUGGGACAAGUGGUUCUAUGCACCAGGCUUGCCUCCCAAGCCUAGCUUUGACACCUCGCUUGUGGAUGUCGUGUACAAGCUUUCCGAGAAGUGGCAGUCCCUUCCUGGCUCUUCUUUCAAGCCUGAUAUUAGUGACAUCAAGGACCUUACGGCGAACCAGCUGGUCGUCUUCUUGGAGCAGAUGCUCCUGCUGGAGAAGCCGCUCACCCCGGAAGUCUCCAAGCUCAUGGGUGAUGUUUAUGGAUUGACUAAGAGCGAGAAUAUCGAGGUCUCAAACCUUUACCUCCAGGUUGGUAUGAAGGCCGGAGACGAGAGCGUCAUUGAGCCCACGACCGAGUUGCUAGGCCGUAUUGGCCGCAUGAAGUUUGUGCGACCUCUGUUCCGCAACCUUCAAAAGGUCAACCGCCCUGUUGCCCUCGAGACAUUCGAGAAGUACAAGGACUUCUACCACCCCAUCUGCCGUGGUAUGGUGGAGAAGGAUCUCUUUGGCAAGAAGGACAACUAA